CAUUGAGCUUUAUAGUGCUGUACUGAGUCGUCUCACAUAGAAGGAAUCAGUGUUCCAAGCUUUGGAGGCCUUUUUGUUUUGUAUCGGUCAGGAAACAGUAUGACUGUUUGGCGUACAUUGUGAUUUGCUAACAAAAUAGCUGCUAGCUUCAGUGCUGCCAUUUCUGCUCUGUGGCUAUAAGAGAGCUCACCAGUUGCUAUGAACAUGAUUUCUUAAUUAAUUUUUUUUUCCAUUGGGACAUUUGUUGAGAAUUCCAGCUCCUUGGUUUGUGGUGACUUUGACCCUAUGGUUGUUAGGGCAAUGAAUUUAUAGAAGAGAGUUAGCUAAUUUCUUGACCUCUGUAGGAUUAUAGUCAUGGUUUUCUUUCUUCUUAUUUAUUUAAUUAAAAAAAAAAUAAACAUAUUUCUCCAAAUGACAUAUUUCUCUAUACAUCUGGCUGUGUUAACUUUAUAUCUCAUCUCCCCAUGUCUUGCCCAUCUGCUUCCAAAUCACGGUGCCAUGUAUUCCUGGGCCAUCCCCUUUUCCUCUUUCCUUCGGGGUUCCAGGUUAGGGCUUGUCUUGUUAUGUUGGAUGCAGGCUUGCGAAGGGUGUGAUUUAUCUAUCUCCAGCAUCUCUAAAGAAUAUCUACUUCAAUGGGCUGCUGCUUUGUUUUUUUGCCACAGUUCCUCAUUCGAGAUCUUGUCUGGUCAGUGGAUCAUAAGAAUCUUCCUCAUGCAGGUAUUGAUGAAUAACUGGAUUUUUUUCAUGGUGAUGAUGGUGGUUUUCCACAUCUCUGCUCAAAAAAGUAGUAUUGGUUUAAAAAAAGUAUUAAAGAGCCUGAUCUUGGUGGUGGUGCUUAUUUCCCUAGAUCACAAGGUGUUCUUCAGAAGAUGAAAGGCUGCUCGAGCUUUACCAAUUUGGGUUCUGACAUCUUCAUCUGUUCCUCCAUGGUUGUCUAGGAUACUGCUGAGAUAGGGGAAGCUUUCCACCUCUUCCAGCGCCUCACCUUGGACUGUAAUGGGUGUAUUGUUGGAUGCCUUUAUCUUGAACACCUUGCUCUUCUCUCUAUUUAUGACACCUUCGAAUUGAAUAGCUGAUGUUAAAAAUAAAAUGGAGGAAACUAAGGACCAAGUUCAGCUUGAUGACUCCAUCUUGCUUAGAACAAUUUCUUCCGGUUGUUUGUCAGACAUUAACAAUCUUUUGAAAUUGUGUGAUCACAAAACUACACCCUUCUCUAGCCACGCCUUGAACCUGGCAGUUCUUCAAGCUUGUAAUAUAGGCAAUGCCCAUUUACUUCAGUUCCUCCUCCAAGAUGGUAUCCGGUUGGAACUCAGAGAUGGCAAUGGAAACACUCCUCUGUUGAUUAGCUCCACCAAAGGUUUUACAGACGUUGUGGUUAAACUCUUGAGCAUGGGCGCUGACAUCAAUGCUAAAAAUAACAAUGGUGAUACUGCACUUAUGCUGGCCACAUCAAGAGAAGUAAUUCAGUUUCUACUAGAAAACCAACAUUUGCAACCGCAUGCACAAAACUCAACUGGAAACACAGCUUUAAUUUCAGCCAUCGAAAAAUCUUAUGUCGAGAAGGUCGAAUUGUUGAUCAAUGCUGUGGUUAACCUUAACAGGCAAGUUUCAAAGAGUACUUUAACUUUGCAGCCUGGUUGCCUUGUCAGUAGUUCAGUUGAAAGUGUUAUUGAGUGCGCUGUCAGUCAAGCUUUUGAGAGCAAUAACACAAAGGCGCUCAUCUUUCUCAUAUCUGAAUGUGGUGCACAUUCCACAGCUGUGAUUCAAAAGCCUGAAACAUUCCUAAAAGCUGUAAAAUUAGGAGACAUUCAGCUCAUUGAGCUAAUGUUAGACUCAGGGCUUGAUGUUGACAGAGUCCAUGACAGUAAGACUCCAUUAAUGUGCGCUGUUCACCUUGAGGUUAUCAACUUUUUAUUAAACAAAGGAGCCAAUGUAAAUUUUAAAACAAACACAACACCUUUGAUAAAUGCAUUAUCAUGGAAUUAUUUCUCAGAUAUCUAUCGGGCUUUUCACCCUCAACUAAGCUCCAAAGAGAUGGAAGAAAAAAUAAUACUUGUGGCAGAUUCCUUUCUAAAACAUGGUGCACAUUUGGAAGACGUUGAUGAGUGUGGGUGUACUGCUUUGAUAGAAGCCUCAAAAGGUUGUUUUAGCGCAGAUGUUCUAAAAUAUUUACUUGAUAAGGGAGUCAACAUCAACAAAAAGGAAAAUGAAGGUUUAACAGCACUGCAUUUUGCAGCGAAGUAUCACAAAUUUGAUUUAGCUGAGGUUUUAUUAAAAUAUGGUGCUCUUGUUAAUCUUAAAAGCUGUGAUGGUUGCACCCCUCUACAUCACGCUGUUAGAGAUUUACAUAUUGUUAAAUUGUUUCUGGAGAAUCGGGCAAAUGUGAACUCUGAGGAUGACUUGGGAAACACACCACUAUCACUAGCAUCUAAGUUUUCUGGAGACAGGGUUAAUGUUGUCCAACUUCUGAUUUCGUAUGGCUCUGAUGUCAACCACAAAAACAUUUCUGGCAUGUCUCCAUUAUGGCUGGCUGCCCAAAAUCUCAACACUAAAUGCUUUGAAUUGUUACUUAAUGCUAAGGCUGAUUUAGGCCCUGAUCAACUGCAGCAGAAAUCAGCGCUGUCCAUUUUGCUCAACAAAUGGUUACCCAGUGAACAAGCUCAGCGAAUGGCUGAAACACUUAUAGAUCAUGGGGCAAGUGCAGAAUUUGUCAGACCUGAUGUAAUCCAUCGACUCAUUGCUUCUGGCAAUGAUGGCACUCUGGUUCAGAAACUUAUGAAAGCUGGCAUUUGUCCAACAGUCUUAGUUCUUAAGAAAACUAUUUUUAACUGGCCUGAAACUUCAAUAUCGCCACUUGCUGUCUCCCUCAUUUUAGAUAGUGUUGACUUCACUCACUAUAUAAUCAACAAUUGGUAUCUAACCAAGUCAGACAUCAAAAUUUUAUCCAGAAACAAAGAAAUCUUAAAUUGUUUAGAGAAACACAAAACUAAAACUCUUCCAUAUCUCCAGGAAGUUUCUCAGCAGCCAAUGAGGUUGGAGCUUUUGAGCUUUAUCACCAUCUCUUCUGCUUUAGGUUCUAACAGAGACAGACAUCAAAGGGUUCGUAACUCAAGACUCCCAGUACCAUUUCAGGACAAGCUCUUGUUCACAAAACUAGAGGUGAAGGUCCUUGAUGCAAUAGUUGGAAGGGGACUCAUUUUUCUUCACCAACUGACCAAAUACCAGGCAGAGCAAGAAGACAAAGACUCACAGUUUUAUGAGUUGUAUGUGGAUUUCUGUAAGCGUUAUAGUUCUUGCAGGCAUGACCGUCUUUCAGUACCUUCAACAUUAUCUAGGUUGGGUAUCAAUAUUAAAUAUUUAAAAGGUCAAUGAAUACAUCUAUUGUAGCAUUUCUAGAUUGUUAUAUUGUACCUAGCCUUUUUUUCUCAAUUGAUUCUUUGUUGCAUUAGAUCUUUUGACAGAAAUAUUGUGUUGUGCUUGGAUUUAUAUGUAUUGUUAUACUGUGUUUUCAAUUUGUUAAUCAAGAUGGCUACCUAUCAAGCAUGAUGUUAAAGCUAAGUGAACGCUUGAUCAUGUUAGCCUUAAUUAACAACUGAUCUAUUUCCCACCUCCCUCUCUAAGUCUGUAGUGUCUUUCUCAAUUUAAUUUUCCCUUAUCUCCAGCUUCCAAUGGACUCCUGAUGACCCUCCCCACAUUUGCACUUUUAAAACUUGAUAUAUCUACUUUUCAAUCAAAAGCUAAAUUAAAUCCAGAUCUAGAUUUAAUGUAAUUUCGUCUAAAAAUGCAGUCUUAUUAAAACUGUUUAAUAAUGGAGCUUUCAAUUUUUAUUUUAUGAUAACUAUGUAUGUAUCUGUUGAGUAGUAUUCAAAAUGUUUAAGAACUGUCAACAAGUAACUUUAAUUUCUAAACAUACAAACUUAUAUUUGGAUGACUUAUAAAUUUGAAAUACAUAAUAACAAACAAAAUAGCCACAGUUACAUAGAUUAUAUGUUUGCAAAGAUGUAGAAUUGUAUUUAAAUGUAUGAUGUUAACUGUAAUUAAAGCAAAAACUUUGAUCAUUCAAAA